GGGAAGUAGUGACACACUGGUGGAUAGUAGCUGACAGUAUUUGGACUUAAACCCUCUGCUAAUGAAUAACAACCUAGUUAUUUCUUCUUGGAGGAUCCACAAAGGAAACUUAAUGAGUGUUCAGAAGAAGUGAUGAGGCCGAUUUCUCAAGCACUCUGACAGGAUGGCAUCACUAGGGGGGGAGGAGCCUCCUCCAAAUGGAGGUCAGCCAGAUAGCCGUCUAAAGAGCAAGAAGCCGCCCAGCCUUGUAAUAGCAAUCCCUCCACCUGAGGCCAUGACGCACCACGACCCUGCAAAACAGCCACUACGACCGUCCCUGAAAAAAAGCAUGAGUGGUCAAGCAACGGGUUCAGUGUCAGAGAGCAUGAGAGAUGGAGCAGGAGAGGGAGGCUUCUCCUUCAGAGACAGAAGGGCAAAGUUUGGAAGACAACAGUCGCUGUCACAAAGCAUCCGCAGGAAUACAGCCCAGUGGUUUGGGGUGGGGGAAGACUGUGAGACCAAGCAGCAGCUAUGGCACAGGAAGAGCCUGCGUCAUUGCAGCCAGCGCUACGGCAAGCUGAAGCCCCAGUAUAGAGAGCCUGACACGGCCUCCAGCAUCGACCAGGGCCCCAACUCACCAGCCACAGCUAAGAUGCCCAAGAUUGUGGAUCCCCUGGCACGUGGGCGAGCCUUUCGCUGCCCAGAUGAGAUGGACGGUCGCUCCCCCAGGACGCCCCACACUGCUCAGGGAGGUCCGGUCACGCCGGGCGUUACCUCCCUCAGCUCCUUCACCAGCCAGCGCUCCGGGUACAGCCGCUUCCCCAGGCGUAAGAGGGAGUCCGUUGCUCGCAUGAGCAUCCGAGCUGCAUCCAACCUGAUCAGGGGUCACGGCGGCUUGACAGGCUCCCAAACAGGUCGCAGUUUCCCCAAGAGGAGCUUUGUCAGGCCCAGCUGGAUGGAUGAGGACACCGUGGACUCUGCAGAUGCAUCAGAAUCGCUCUUCUUCAGCAAGGUUGAUGCCCAUGAUGAGAUGUACUCUAUGGCUGAUGACGUAUUUGAAUCGCCUCCCAUGUCUGCAGCUUUUGGUCCCAUCGAGCCUGACCAGAAGUUUCCAAGCCUUAAGGACGUAUCACGAACGCCCAGGACACCAACAGCUGCCCAGGAAAAGAGUCAUCCUCGUCGAGGUGGUCGCAUCGCCUCCCAAGUAAAGCACUUUGCUUUUGACAAACACAAGCGUCAGUACGGCAUGGGCGUCGUGGGGAAGUGGCUGAACCGAAACUACCGACGCAGCCUCAGCAGCAACGUCCAGAAGCAGCUGGACGACUUCCCCAGCCACAGGCCCUACUUUUCCUACUGGAUCACAUUUGUCCAUAUUGUCAUCACUCUGUUGGCCUGUUGUACAUACGGUUUCGCCCCUGUGGGGUUUGCACAACAUUCUACAUCUGAACUGGUGCUGAAGAACAAAGGCAUUUAUGAGAGUGUCAAAUUUAUCCAACAGGAGAACUUUUGGAUUGGUCCGAGCUCCGAGGACCUGAUCCACCUGGGGGCCAAGUUCUCACCGUGCAUCCGAAAGGACACACAGAUAGUCAGUCUGAUCCAGAGAGCCAAAGACCUGGAGAAAGAGUCUGGCUGCUGCGUUCAGAACGAUAACUCUGGAUGUGUGCAGACGCGCAGCUCCGACUGCUCGGAGACGCUGGCCACCUUCAUUAAAUGGUCAAAUGAGCAGGUGGACGUUCCCAGGUCCUCUGGUUCUGUCUGUCACCAGGAUCCCAGAGUGUGUGAAGAGCCUGCCUCUGCGGCGCCUCAUACAUGGCCAGAUGACAUCACCCAGUGGCCGGUGUGCACAUAUCCCAAGAAGUGGAACCACACAGGCUACAGACACAUGGACUGUAACAUCAAGGGACGGCCGUGCUGCAUAGGAACUAAGGGCAGAUGUGAGAUCGCGACCAGAGAGUAUUGCUCUUUCAUGCACGGUUACUUCCACGAGGAUGCCACGCUCUGCUCACAGGUCCACUGUCUGGAUGAUGUAUGCGGCUUGUUGCCCUUCCUCAACCCUGAUGUUCCUGAUCAGUUCUAUCGUCUCUGGCUGUCGCUCUUCCUCCACGCUGGGCUCUUUCACUGCCUGGUGUCGGUGGUGUUCCAGAUGACCAUACUGAGAGACCUGGAGAAGCUGGCAGGUUGGGUCCGUAUCUCCAUCAUUUAUAUCCUCAGUGGUAUCACUGGAAACCUCGCCUCCGCCCUGUUUCUGCCCUACAGAGCUGAGGUGGGUCCAGCAGGCUCUCAGUUUGGACUCCUGGCUUGCCUGUUUGUUGAGCUGUUUCAAGGUUGGCAGAUAAUGGAGAAGCCAUGGAAAGCCUUUCUUAAGCUGCUGGGCAUCGUCCUCUUCCUCUUCAUGUGCGGCCUCCUGCCGUGGAUCGACAACAUCGCCCACAUAUUUGGUUUCCUCAGCGGCUUGCUGCUCUCCUUUGCCUUCCUGCCCUACAUCACCUUCGGGACCUUCGACAAGUACCGGAAACGUAUCCUCAUUGUCGUCUCGAUGUUGGCCUACAUCGGGCUAUUCUCUUCACUCAUCGUUUGGUUUUAUAUUUACCCGAUUAACUGGCACUGGCUGGAGCAUCUCACCUGCCUGCCCUUAACGAACAAGUUCUGUGAAAAGUACGACAUAGACCAUAACAUUAACGAUGUGGUGCACUAGUCUCCACUGAAGACCUGACUGUGCUACUGAUCCACUAUCCUACAGCCAAUGACCUGGUCAGCUGUUACCAGGUCAACUCUGUGGCCUUUUAAGAAUGUGGCAAUCAUGUUUUUAUUAUUCGAGCACCUGAUCAAAGUCAAUGUGGAUGGAAGUGUCAUCAGUCUCUUCUCCUCAGCCAGCUGACACUUUUUUAAUCCUGUGUCAAGUCUGGCACCGCCUGGUAUGUUAAUUUGCUAAUGGGCUAGCAGAUCCUAGGAAUCGAGGACAGGAAAAGAUACUCAGGACGUCAAAACUGCAUAUUGCUGGAUGGAACCAAAGGAAAAGACCCACAGAGCGAAAGACUGACUGUCUGUCUGGUUCCUUCAGUUCAAAGUCAGUCUAAAUAAGCCAAAUGAAUCACCUCUGACCUACAAUCACUUUCCCCUUUAACUCUGCAGACGACAAACAGCUGAGAUAAAAAGGAAUUGAGGUGAACUGAGAUGCAUCAGAGGCCUCCUGCCACUUAUUCAUGUUUUCAGUAACACUGGGUUUUACACUACAAACGCUGUCCUUCAGUCCUGCUGCUUCUGUAUGUUUUAACAGCUGUGAAACGCUUUCUUUUAUCUUUGCUUUUUUUUGUAUGGAUGCAGUUGGCAUGUCAAUAUUCUGUGAAAUGUGCUAAAGGUAACAAGGUGUUCCAGGUAUAAACUGUGCAGCUGGAAUAGUUAAAGUGAAAUAUCAGUGGUCAACUAAGGUGAGAUUUCUAUCUAAAACCACUGGCUGCCUUAAACAGACUAUGCCAUUUUGCAAAGAUGCCUCAUUUGAUGUUUUUUAAUUCUGCACACAUUUCUGACCCGAAACCUACCAAAGCAACUGUACAUGCUGCUUCUCUAUAUAUGCAUGUUGUUUUUAAACAAUCACUCAGGCUACGUUCAGACUGCAGGCAUAUCCAAUUAGUAUAUCAAAUCAGUAGGGCUGUACAUGUUUUUAAUGGUAUUCAGUUUAAAUAGAGGCAAUCAUUUUCAUGGUUUUGAGAGGGUGGGGAUUUCAAAAUUGAAAAACAAAUACCUACACAAUGAAUGAAUAUUCACAUUGUAGAAUAUUCGAGUCCAACACUACAAAUCACAUCUUUAAGAUAGAGUGUAUGCACUGUGGUAACAAUGUAGGCGUCCACUACGCAAGUACAUUGGGGACUUUCUAAAAUCAAUCUGGAUACAAUCUGAAUAUGCAAAAAAAAAAAAAAUUUGGGCUGGCAGUCUGUACAAGGCCUUAAUUUUCUGUACGUCACUGCCACAAACACAAGCUCUCAGUCAAACUUGACUUAUAAUGUCUCAUUAUUUUCAUAUGUGUGCGCUAACACAGUGGUGCCUGAACCAUUUUGUAGAUUUGCUCGGAAAAUAAAUGAAGAACACAAUAUUUAUUCCAGGAGUAAUUAUGUAAACAGGCAUUUUUGUUAGAUCAGAGAAAGUUUUGUACUGUAUUUUUUGACUCACGUGAAAGCAAACCAGUCAUAGGAUCACAAGAUGUCAUUUAUGUUUCACCAGAGGCUUAAUAUGUUACUGAAAUUACCGUAAAAGGCUUCGUUUUUACCACUUACACACUAGAUUAUUAA